GACAACGACGACAACACCACGACCCUUUCUCCAGAGUCCGGUCAGAUAUCAAAAGGAGGCUCUGCAAAAAUGGCCGUCACAAACCAGGCAAUCUCCUCCUCGCGCCGGAAGUCGCGCAAGGCGCACUUCAACGCCCCCUCCAGCGUGCGCCGUGUUAUCAUGAGCGCGCCUCUGUCCAAGGAACUCCGUGAGAAGCACAAUGUCCGCUCCAUCCCCAUCCGCAAGGACGACGAGGUUACCAUCGUCCGCGGCACCAACAAGGGCCGUGAGGGCAAGAUCACCAGCGUCUACCGUCUGAAGUGGUGCGUCCACGUCGAGCGUGUUGUCCGCGAGAAGUCCAACGGCCAGAGCGUUCCCCUCCCCAUCCACCCUUCCAAGGUCGUCAUCACCAAGCUCAAGCUCGACAAGGACCGUGAGCAGAUUCUGGAGCGCAUCAGCAAGGGUCGUGAGGCCGUCAAGGCCAAGUCCGCGUAAGGAACUGGAACUGGGACUUGCAUUUUGUGUUUCUAUGGAUGAAUGGCGUGGGAGUACAAUGAGAUCCUGCUGAAUCUGAUCUUAUCUUGAUUCUCUUAAAUGAGCAACAUCAAAAAAGAAAUAUACCUGCUACGACCAGACCAAGGCCAGGCUUCUAUCGCACAUCAUUAUGAAUGACAACGAACGAUUCAAAGAUGUCAAAGG